CGGUGGCGGGGAGACAGCGCGAUGCAGAUAGAUUCAGCACUAUUCAAAUAGGAGCAGCAAGAAUCAUGGCUAAUGUUCACCUCUUGCACAUCAUUCAAACAGGUCAUAGACUGACUUAUCAUAGAUUUGCCUGGAGAAACAACCGUGAAGACUAUGAGUGCAAAAGGUUUGAAGGAGGCAGUACAGAACGCUGCCAAGGAGUUCCUCUCCUUUGUCGAUAAAGGCGUGUCCCCCUACCAUGUUGUUGAAGAGUGCAAGCGACGACUUUGUUCAGCUGGCUUUCAGGAACUAAAGGAGGUUGACCACUGGGACCUGAAACCUUCCAACAAGUAUUACAUGACGAGGAACUACUCUACAAUAAUUGCCUUUGCAGUGGGAGCCAAGUACAAACCAGGGAAUGGAUUUAGCAUGAUUGGAGCUCAUACAGACAGCCCCUGCCUACGGGUGAAACUCAGGUCAAAGAAGUCGCAAGUGGGUUACCUGCAAGUCGGAGUGGAGUGUUACGGCGGUGGAAUCUGGAAUACUUGGUUUGACCGUGACCUUACUGUAGCCGGCAGGGUUGUGGUGAAGAAUGGAGACAAAGUGGAACAUCGCCUGAUCAAUGUGGCUGAUCCAGUCCUUCGCAUCCCUCACCUGGCCAUCCACCUGCAGAGAGAGAUUAAUGACAACUUCGGACCCAACAAGGAGAACCACCUUGUUCCGAUCAUAGCUACAGCGGUACAGGAGCAGCUAGAACAGGGAGUGAAAUCUGCUGGAAAUGCCUGCGAUGCCACUCAAAUGUCAGAGAAGCACCACUCAGUCCUGUUGAACCUGCUUUGUGCUCAGUUGGGAGUGAAUGUGGACAAGAUCAUAGACUUUGAGCUGUGUCUGGCCGAUACUCAGCCUGGGGUUCUGGGUGGUGCUUUCAAAGAGUUUAUAUUUGCCCCACGACUGGAUAACUUGCACAGUUGUUACUGUGCCCUGCAGGCCCUGAUUGAAUCAUCUGAGGAGCAAGGCACACUGGCUGAGGACAGCAAUAUCCGAGUGGUUACACUAUUUGACAACGAAGAGGUGGGAAGCCAGAGUGCUCACGGAGCAGGCUCCUCCUUGACCGAGUUAGUCUUGCGUCGUCUCUCUUCCAGUUUCGACAACCUGACUGCGUUUGAGGAAGCUAUUCCCAAGUCAUUCAUGAUCAGCUCGGACAUGGCACAUGCUGUACACCCCAACUAUGUAGACAAACACGAGGAAAAUCACAGGCCAGCCCUCCACAAGGGACCAGUGCUUAAAUUUAAUAGUAACCAACGAUAUGCAUCAAAUGCUGUGACUGCAGCCAUAGUGCGAGAGAUUGCUAACCGCGUGGGUGUCCCACUCCAGGAUGUCAUGGUGAAGAACGACAGUCCCUGUGGCACUACCAUCGGCCCAAUCCUCGCCUCUGGCCUUGGGCUGAAAGUAUUGGACAUGGGCUCCCCGCAGUUGGCAAUGCACUCCAUCCGAGAGAUGUGUUGUACAUCGAGUGUAUUCCAGACCAUCACAUUGUUCAAGGGUUUCUUUGACCUCUUCCCAUCUGUGAUCAGCAACAUGACGGUUGACUGAGCUCAGCAGCUCUGUAGCACCGAGAGGCUCAGGGGGCUCUGUUUGGCAACACAUAUCACAACCUGACUAGACUGGUUGAAACCCACACCGCGUGAAACCCUCUGAAGGACCGCAACAUUUAAUUAUGCAACUUGCUGUGAUCAACCAAAAUUUGAAAACUCGCUACUUGGCACUUCGCUACAACAAGAUGAUGUAUUCGGCUCAGCGACUCUACUGCUAUCCCCAAACGUUUGAGUGAUUUUUGUACUCAGAGUUCUGGGAGCCUUGUUCCAAUCUCACCCAAGUGUCAGUUGCAUAUGUAGAAAGCUUAACCUGGUGAUGUCUGCACACUUGUUGAUGGCAGCCUGCUACAGCACUAACUAGGUCAUCAUGUGCCCCAUACCCUGUAACUUGUUGCCAGACAUUUGUUGACAGACUCGGACUCUCAUACACACCUGCGGCACUCCCACCUGUGUCAGCAGACAGAUGUAAAACUGGCAUUGACCAGCUCCCUCAGGACUCGCAAUGGACAAAUGCAGUUAAAAUUACCCCAUUAAUCUCUCUUAGCUAAAUACAGCUGCAUCUCCAGCAUCGUAACCCGGACACAAUUUGAAGGGAAUCCGUGUCUCGGUAGUACAAUGACAACUCACUCUCCACUCUUCUAUCAGUAAAUGAGGGAUUUUCUGAAAUGUGCAGGACUUGGGUAAUUAGCUCCACCUGAAGAUCUAUCUCUGAUGCAGGCAAGAUGGGCUGAAUGGUCUCCAGCACUCUGACUUCAAUCUCAGGAACAAUUAUCAACUCUAUUCUGGAAAAUUCUCAGACUGUUAAAGAACAUAUCAUUUUUUUCUCACGAUGAAAUCGCAUGCAUGUCUCUUUAAAAUAGAUCACUUUGUAAAGAAUAAACAUGAGAAAUUAAAGUUGUCUUGGAUGUGAAA